AUGAAUAAUUUACUCUUUCAACUGCAGUUUUCAUCAAUUGACCUGGAUCAGGCAUUAUUCCAGCCCUUUCCAUCAGAAAUUAUAUUUCAGAACUACACCCCCUGUGAAGUCUAUGAAGUUCCACUGGUGUUAAGGAACACUGACAAAAUUCCAAGGAUGGUGAAAGUUGUUGAGGAAAGUUCACCGUACUUUAAAGUAAUCAGCCCCAAAGAUACUGGCCACAAAGUGGCUCCAGGAGUGCCAUCCAUAUUUCGAAUCCUCUUCAUGCCGGAGGAGAACAAGGAUUACGCCCAUAUCUUGACCUGUGUUACUGAAAGAGAAAAGUUUAUCGUGCCCAUCAAAGCUAGAGGUGCUCGCGCCAUCCUAGAUUUUCCUGACAAGCUGAAUUUUUCCACCUGCCCUGUCAAAUACAGCACCCAGAAGAUUCUGCUGGUACGAAACAUUGGCAAGAAAGAUGCUGUGUUUCACAUCAAAACUCAUAGGCCUUUCUCUGUAGAGCCACCUGUGGGAACUCUUAACGUGGGAGAGUCCAUGCAACUGGAAGUGGAAUUUGAGCCACAGAGUGUGGGCAAUCACAGUGCAAGACUUAUCGUGUGUUAUGACACAGGGGAAAAAGUGUUUGUAUCUCUCUAUGGAGCUGCCAUAGACAUGAAUAUAAGGCUGGAUAAGAAUUCCUUGAUCAUGGAGAAAACCUACAUAACUCUGGCCAAUCAGCGGACUGUGACCAUCCACAACCGCAGCAGCAUCAUUGCUCAUUUCCAGUGGAAGAUAUUUGCUACCCAGGAAGAAGAGGACAGAGAAAAGCAUAGGGUCUGUGACGAUCUGAUCAAAGAAGAAAAGGAUGAGAUGGAUGAGUUUCUUGAAGAGUGCGUUAUUGAUCCCGUCCUCCGUGACCGUCUUUCCAUUCUCUCUCGCACCUUUGAGAAUCAGAGGCGGAUGGUUCAGGGAGACAGAUUGCUCUUCUUGAAUAACAUUUUCACGAUGGAGCCUGUGGAAGGUGAUGUCUGGCCCAACUCAUCAGCUGAAAUCACUGUGUUCUUUAACCCUCUAGAAGCCAGGCUCUACCAACAGACCAUUUACUGCGACAUUUCAGGCCGAGAGAUCCGUCUGCCCCUCCGAAUCAAAGGGGAGGGAAUGGGACCUAAGAUUCACUUCAACUUUGAAUUGCUCGAUAUUGGGAAAGUUUUUAUUGGAUCUGUACAUUGUUAUGAGGCAAUACUGUACAACAAAGGCAGCAUCGACGCCCUUUUCUGUGUGAUACCUCCAACUUCGCCUUUGGGGGCCUGCUUUGUUUUCAGUCCCAAGGAGGGCAUCAUCGAACCAAGUGGAGUCCAAGCUGUCCAGAUCUCCUUCAGUUCUGCCAUCCUGGGGCACUUUGAAGAAGAGUUCCUGGUCAAUGUCAAUGGGGCACCGGAGCCUGUGAAAUUGACCAUUAGGGGCUGUGUCAUUGGACCUACCUUCCAUUUUAAUGUUCCUGCUCUGCACUUUGGUGAUGUUUCCUUUGGGUUUCCUCAUACUUUGAUAUGUUCCCUCAAUAAUACUUCUUUGGUCCCCAUGACCUUCAAACUGCGUGUCCCUGGGGAUGGCCUUGGCCGUAAAAGCAUUUCAAGUUGUGAGCAUUAUUCAGGCGACAAAAGACUAUCUUGGACCAAGGAAGAAAUACUUGCAAUAAAACCAAAAGAGUUCACCAUCACUCCUGACUGUGGCACCAUUCGCUCCCAGGGAUUUGCUGCUAUCAGGGUGACGUUAUGCUCCAACACCGUGCAGAAAUAUGAGCUGGCACUGGUGGUGGACGUGGAGGGCGUCGGAGAAGAAGUGCUGGCGCUCUUAAUUACAGCAAGGUGUGUUGUACCGACCCUACGCUUGGUUAAUACAGAGGUGGACUUUGGGCACUGCUUCCUAAAGUACCCGUAUGAGAAAACGGUCCAGCUUGUCAAUGAAGAUAACCUACCCGGAUGCUUUGAGGUUCUGCUUCAGGUGUCUGAGGAUGCACCUGCUGUGCUGUUCUCCAGCCCCGUCUCCUUCGGGGUCAUCCCCCCCAAGGGCACCGUGCACAUACCGCUAGCCCUGGAGACCCAGGUCACUGGGGAGCACAGGUCCACCAUGCUCAUCUCGACCUUCGGGAGCUGGGACCCCCCUCUGGUAUGUCACUUAAAGAGCUUCGGACAAGGCCCAGUUAUCCACGUACAUCCCCCUCAAGUUGAUUUUGGCACUAUCUAUGUCCUGAAAGACUCUUCCAGGAUUCUCAACCUAUCUAACCAGUCCUUCAUUCCCGCAGUAUUUCGGGCACGCAUGGCACACAAAAAAUCCCUUUGGACGAUUGAACCCAACGAAGGCAUGGUUCCACCGGAAACUGAGGUUCAACUGUCCCUGACUGCCAACCUGAAUGACAUACUGACAUUCAAGGACACAGUUAUUUUGGACAUUGAAAAUAGCAACACCUAUCAGAUUCCGGUCCAAGCUUCUGGAAUUGGUUCUACCAUUGUUUCAGAUAAGCCCUUUGCUCCAGAACUCAAUUUGGGGGCACAUUUUAGCCUGGAUACCCAUUAUUACCGAUUUAAGUUGACCAACAAGGGACGUCGGAUCCAACAGUUGUUCUGGAUGAACGAAAGUUUCCGUCCCCACGGCAAGCUGAGCAAGAAGGGCCGGCUCCAGGCCAAUGGCUACCAGGAGCCCAGGGGUCCACCGAGCCCAGUGUUUCAGAUCCACCCCGUCAGGAUGGAGCUGUACCCAGGCCAGACGAUCAAUGUGGUACUUGAAAGCUAUUCUGCGACUCCCAGGAUAGUUAAAGAGAAGCUGGUAUGCCAUGCCAGCAUCGGGGCGCAGAAGGGGAAGAGCUUGGUGAUGGCCGUGAACAUCACCUGCGAGUUCAUCGCGCCUCUCAUCCAGCUCUCCACCAAGCAGCUUGUCUACCGGCUGGAGAAGAAACCUAAUGCUAUGCUGGAACCAGAUUACCAGCCCUUGGUCAUAAAGAACAUUUCCACCUUGCCCGUAAACAUGUUGCUGUCAACCUCAGGACCCUUCUUUGUAUGCGAGACUGAUAAAUCCCUGCUGCCCGCCAUUCCUCAGCCUAUUAAACUGGACAUUGAUGAAGAAAAAAACCUGCUGAUCAAGUUUGACCCUUUCUACAGAAACGAUUUGAAUAACUGGGUGGCGGAAGAAAUACUAGAAAUUAAGUAUGUGGAACACCCUCAGGUAGACAGCCUGAACCUGCGUGGAGAGGUGCAUUACCCCAACCUCAGCUUCGAGACGACGGAGCUGGAUUUCGGCUGUAUCCUGAAUGAUACUGAGGUCAUUCGCUACGUUACAAUCACCAACUGCAGCCCCUUGGUUGUGAAGUUCCGCUGGUUCUUCUUGGUGAACGACGAGGAAAAUCGGAUAAGGUUUGUGACAUUGCCUAAGAAGCCCUACAGCGCCCCCCAGGCCCAGAUGGAGUCCAUCCCAGCAACCCCAGCGACUGCCAGCUCCCCAGCAGUCCCAGCUACAAAAGAGUCCCGCGAGACGGAUUUAAGUUUUGUUAAGACCAUCCUCCUGAACGCAGAUGCCAGGCCUGAAGACAGAGAACUCAGAAAAGACAAAGCAUCCACCGUGAUCUCAGAUGGAUUAAAAAUUAACUCUGCUGAAACAGAAAGAAUACACUCAAGCCACAGCCAAGUGGAGUUUCAGGAAUCCCUGUGGAUCUUUGAGCAGGAUGAUAUGCUUUCCAUUGGGAUAGAAGAAGUAUUCGAUAUCUUGCCCCUCUAUGGAAUGUUGCAGCCACACAGCAGCCAGCAGAUGUCGUUCACCUUCUAUGGGCACAGUAACAUCAUUGCCCAGGCUAAAGCUCUCUGCGAAGUGGAAGAAGGGCCCACCUAUGAAAUAAUACUAAAGGGAGAGGCAUCCCUGAUCAACUAUUUCUUUGACACCAAGGAUAUUAACUAUGGAUCACAGGGUUUUAUCGGUUCACACAACGAGCAGGUGUUGAAGGUUUACUACUUACCUGGAGUACCUGAGUGCUUUCAGAGGAGUUUCCAGAUACAGAUUGCCCACCUGGACCCAGAAAAGAUCACUCUAAGUGGAGAGGGAAUCUUUCCCCGAAUCUGCCUUGAUCUCCCCAGGAACCUGAGAGGUAAAGGACGAAGGUUAAGUGCUUAUCUCCAGAUGGAAGUAGAGCGACUUAUAGUUCAAGGCUACGCCCUAGAACAUCAGAAAUCAAUUAUCCCUGAUCUCACCAACAACACCUGCCUCAGCCAUUGGAGUUGCUGCAAAACGGCCAAAAUUCAGCUGCCAGAGUAUACCCUGGACUUUGGCUACAUUGUCCUUGGUGAAGUCCGAACCCAUAUCGUCAAGAUCACCAACACCAGUCACUUUCCAGUGUCCUUCCAUGCAGAAAAACGUGUCCUUCAUGACACAGGAUUCAGUACUGAGCUAGAUCGUGUAAAGAAUCUGCCUUACUGUGAAACAGAAAUAUUUGAAGUGAGAUUUGACCCACAAGGGGCCAAUCUUCCUGUUGGAAACAAAGAAGUCAUUCUGCCCAUCAAGGUGGUUGGAGGGCCAACAGUUCACAUCUGUCUUCAGGCCAAGGUGACCAUUCCAGCUAUGACUCUGUCUUGUGGAAAAGUGGAGUUUGCUGCAAUUCAGUGUGGACAGUGCAUGGUGGAAACUGUUCAGCUUUUCAAUCAUCUCCAAGUCCCUUGUGAAUGGUUUGUCCAGAGCCUAAAGCCUGUCAACAAGCUGGGGAAACACAUGCCAAAGUACUUAAGACAGAAACUACGUGCUGAACUAACACCGAAGACACGGAUCUUUGAGAUCCAGCCGACUUCUGGAGUCUUGGAUCCUGGAGAGAGGUCCAACGUGCAAGUGAAAUUCAUGCCAAAAGAAGAGAGAUUCUACAGCCAAAACCUGGUGUUCCAGAUUGCCCAGAGUACUCAAAAGCUUACACUGGUGGCCUAUGGGCAAGGUCUGGAGCCACGCCUGGAAUUUAGUCCUUCAGUUUUGGAGCUGGGGCCGCUGCUGCCUUUUGCACCUGGAGAUGAGGCUGAGGUGGUCGUGAAGAAUCCCUGCAACUUUCCCAUUGAGUUUUACUCCUUAGAAUUUGACCAGGAAUAUCUCACAGAAGAAAAGAUCUUGCGAAAGCUGAAGGGCUAUGAUUCCUACAACAGCCUACUGCUACCUCCCCGCAACCCAGGGGAGAGGCUGCCCCCAGAGGUGUAUGAGUACUUUAGGGAGAUGAAGAAGUCAAGAGAGGAACAGAUGAAGGCGAAAUUUCUGGAGACUCUGGCGCAGGAGAACGAAGAGGAAGAUAUGAUCACAUCAGAUCAGGGAACCUCCGCAAGCACAAAGAGGAUGUCACUUAGCCGAGGGAUCUCUGUCACAUCCAACCUGGAAGAGCGUCAUGUCCCUUUGGUCGAGUCUAAAACCUUCUCAGAUGAUGAUGACGAUGAGGAAAGCCUGGAAAAAAUAAUGUUUCAAACUGACAAGAUUCACAGCAUUGAUAGCCAUUCCACAGACGAAGUUGGAGAGGUAGAAAACAACCCAGUGAGCAAAGCAAUCGCGCGCCACCUGGGUGUUGACAUUUCUGCAGAAGGCCGCUUGGCCAAGAGCCAGAAAGGCAUCGCCAUCAUCAUCCAUGGGACGCCCUUGUCAGGAAAGUCAGCCACCGCCACGAGCGUGGCCAAGUACUACAACGCGGCCUGCUUGAACAUUGACUCCAUCGUGCUGGAAGCCGUGUCCGACAGCAGCAACAUCCCAGGCCUCCGUGCCCGUGAGCUCUGCAUCAAGGCUGCCAUAGAGCAGUCCAUGAAGGAGGCAGAGGAGUCUGCCCAGGAGGCUUCUGGAGGCCAAAAUGUCAUAGGAUCAGUACGACUGAGCACUGAGAUCUUGGGCAAGUUAACCUCGGAAAUGUCUCUGGUGGCCCCAGACAGUAAAUCUGGAAAGAGCAUUCGUGGGAGCAUGUUGAUCACCAAAAGCAAAGCGGACAGCCACAGCUCUGGGUCACAGAAGCAGCAUCACCAGCACCAGUCUGAAACGCCACAGAUUUCCUCCAGCCCCCUCCCCAUGGGGCCCACCCAGCGCCGGCUCAGUGUCAGUGCCAGUAUCGGAGGGGAGACCGGGCUCAUGAGCUGCGUGCUGCCUGAUGAACUUCUCGUGCAGAUCCUGGCAGAGCGGAUGCAGCUGAGUGACUGCUACCAAGGAGUGGUGUUCGAUGGCCUCGAAACACUGUUUGCUCGGAGCACGACUGCCGCCCUCCUCUGCCUGCUGAAGGCCUUUGGCAGCCGGGAGCACAUAUAUGUCCUCAACAUGGCCCAAGAUUAUGCCACCAUGAAGGCCCAGGAGAAAGCCAAAAAGGAGCAAGAAGAACUCAAACGCAGGGAAGCUCUGCAGAAAGAGAAGGAGCGUCUCCAAAAUAUGGAUGAGGAAGAGUAUGACGCCUUGACAGAGGAGGAGAAAAUCAUAUUUGACCGAGAGGUUCAGCAGGCGCUGCGGGAAAGGAAGAAGAGGGAGCUGGAGAGGCUGGCCAGGGAGAUGCACGAAAAGAAGCUACAGCAGGAGCUCGAGCGACAAAAGGAGGAAGAUGAGCUGAGACGGAAGAAUAAAAAGCCAAAGCAGGGACCCGUAAAGGAGGAACCCCCCCUGAAGAAAUCUCAAGCAGCAGGCAAGCAGGGUCUUACUUUCAGCAAAGUAGAUGUCAAGACAGAGGCAUUGGAAAGGAAAGUAUCUGUCAGGGAGCAAACAAUGUCUGAGAAGGAAGAAGUCAACAAGAAAAGAAAGAACAUGGCCGACAUCAACGUGUCUAGCUUUCCUCUGGCCCAGGAACAAGAGGACAGUGAAGGGGACUUCCCAAAGGACACCGACAAGCAACUGGCCCAGAAGUUUAAGGUCUACGAGUUGAGUCUGAAAGACGUCCAGAGCGUGCUCAUGUACUGGGACCGGAAGCAAGGAGUUCAGCUGCCCCACGGAGGGAUGGAGGAAACGCCCCACGAGCCUGAGGACCAGCGCCAGGUCCCCUCGGGUGGGCGCAGGGGUCGCAAGGACAGGGAGAGGGAGCGCCUGGAGAAGGAGCGUGCGGAGAAGGAGCGCCUGGAGAGGGAGAAGGCGGAAAGGGAGCGCCUGGAGAAGCUGCGGGCCCUGGAGGAGCGGAGCGAUGGUGAGGGCGAAGGGGAGGAGGACCACGAAGGGAAGAAGGACCUGGGCGUGCCCUUCCUCAGCAUCCAAACGCCCGACCUGGAAGGCUCGAGCUGGAAGCAGGCCCUGGAGAGUGACAGGCUUCCCAGGAUGGAUCAGAUCCUAGACACCUUGGGGAUGGGUUCCUCUGGGCCACCCAUCCCACCUCCCACCUUAUUCUCAAUCGUCACCUACCCGGCAAAGCGGCUGCCUUUGGCCACGACAGACGUCCUGAAGCAUUUUGUGUUUGUGAUCCCAUCUGACGAGCUGUCCAUACUGGAUGAAAAAAAAGAAAUGGAAACAGACUCAGACUAUUUGGCGUUCUCAAGCACUCUGAAGGCUCAAGAGGAGCAGACCACCUCAUUUAAAGGGAGCAAACAUAAAGUAAAAGAAAAACCUGAACAAGCCCGCGAUACUCAAAAGGACAAGCGUCGCAUGCCGGUCAACCGGAAGGGCCUUUCUGGGGGAAUUGACGGAACCAUUGCCCUGCUGUCAGAUGUCGACCAGAACAGCCUCGACGGGCAGCUCUCCCAGGAGAAAUUCACUAGGCUGAGUAACUUCCGGUGGAUUGUGCCGGCCAAUGGCGAGGUGACUUUGCGAGUGCACUUCUCCUCCGAGGAUCCUGGGAACUUUGACCAAACGUUCAGCUUUGAGAUCCUUGGAACUCGCCGCCAGUACCAGCUGUAUUGCCGGGGUGUCUGCACUUACCCAUACAUUUGCCAAGACCCAAGAGUGGUAUUCCCUCAGCGGAAGACGAACAUGAAAGCAGAUGAGGUCAUCUUUAAGAAGUAUAUUACCAGCAUGGAGAGGUAUUACUUCGGGCCACUGCUUUGUGGAAAAUCAAGAGAUAAGUACAAGUCAUCCUUGUUCCCAGGCAACAUGGAGACGCUGACGAUCUUGAACAAUUCCCCAAUGGUGGUAGAGGUGUUCUUCUGUUUUCAGAAUGAUGUCAAAGCAAACACCUACUUCCUGGAGCCGGUCAACAUGAUACUGAAACCCAGUGAGAAGCAGGUGCUAAACAUAUGGGCCUACCCUACUGCAGUUGGUGUCUUUGAAGACAGCAUUGUCUGCUGCAUCAAAGAGAACCCAGAGCCAGCUGUCUUCAAAAUAAGCUGCCAAGGAAUCCGCCCAGAACUAGAGCUGGAACCCAGGCAAUUACAUUUUGACCGGCUCUUGCUACACAGAAAGGAAUCCAAGAUAGUUCUUCUCCGCAAUGUCACACUCCUGCCCGUGGCCUGGCGGGUCUCCAACCUGGAGCACCUGGACGAUGACUUCACUGUGUCCAUGAUGCAGGGCAUCAUCCCCUCCAAGGCUGAGUAUGGCCUGUACGUUCACUUCCAGCCCACCAAACCUGUCAACAUCAGGAAGGCCAUCCGGUUGGAGGUCUCAGAUGCAGAAAAUCUUGUUGGUAUUGUUCAGAUUGAAAAUAUCCCGGUCUUUGCAGAGUCCUACGACAUUGCCUUGGACAUCACCUUCCCCAAAGGAGCUGAAGGAGGCCUGGACUUUGGGAUCGUGAAGGUCAUGGAGGAGGUGAAACAGCCCCUGCAGCUGAAGAACCGCGGCAAAUACGAGAUCCUGUUCAGCUUUUCCGUGGACUCCGUAGGGAUUUUGACAACCAAUGUAAAUUCCAUGAUCUCAGUACAACCCAAAAAGGGUUCGCUGACCACAGCAGAAAAACUUACAAAUGUCCAAGUACACUUUCAUGCGAAAAAGGAAGUGAAGAUCGAGCACCAGCCCAUUCUGCGCUGUCAGAUUAUUGAACCCAAUGUGACAGAAGGAGGUGAGAUCAUUGCCAGCAUCCCAAUUAAGAUUUCUGUGAAUGCAGUGUACUCCAAGUACAACAUCAGCCCCUCCUCCAUCAUCAACUUUGGGGCUUUGAUCUGUGGCACUCGCAAAAGCAUCUGCUUCACCAUAGAAAAUCAAGGCAUUACUGACUUCAAGUAUGCCCUUUUCAGGAUGACAGGGGAGAGCACUAUUCAUCAAAAGAAAGGAGCCAGCCACAUCAGACACGCGAGAUCCCGGGAAAGCGAGACCUUCUACAAGGGCGGCCUUCCCAAAGCAGCCAAAUUCUCUGACGUGAUUCAGAAGGAAGUAAACAUCACAAGCCAGGCCCGCUUCUCCCUCGGCAUGUUCACCGUGUACCCUGGGUUUGGCUCCGUCUCUUCUGGUGGACAGCAGGUCAUCACCGUUGACUGUGUGGCUGACCCCGUGGGAAGAUGUGAGGAGUUCAUAGCCAUUGACAUCUCCGACCGAGACCCGAGAGACCAGCCUUCCGGCAUUCCCUACACCCUGUUGGCUGAGGCCUGUCUGCCAGCCUUUGUGACUGACAACAUUGCCUCGAUAUUUGAGGAGCACCAGAUAUGUACCAGCCCCAACCUACACCACAUCCUGCAGACCAUAGAGAGUGGGGGGCUGUUCGUGGAGGAUGAGAAUAAGUUCGUCUUCUGCAAUGUCCUGGUGGGCCAUCAGGCCAAGGCGCGGUUCAAGAUCAGCAAUGUGGGGAAGAUCGCCUGUGAUGUCAGCAUUGUAGUUAAGCCUGUCUCCACUAAGCCCUUCGCCCGCAUCAUCGACAUUUUUGAAGUGGAACCCAACAAGAUGUGCAUCGCCAGUCGCUCACACGCCUUUGCCACAGUGUCCUUCACGCCGCAGACCUUGCAGACCUACCAGUGCAUCUUUGAGGCUACCUUGGACGGCCUGCCCAGCAACCUGGCCAAGAACAGAGGACUCACGUUUGAUAUCACCGGUGACGGGAACCUCCCUCGGGUGACCAUUGUGCGGCCCGUUCUCCACAACCAGCAUGGAAACCCCUUGCUCCUCUUUAAGAGGCUUCUGCUUGGCCACUCGGAGAAGCUGCCCCUCGUCCUCAAGAACAACGGCACCAUCCCUGCCCAGCUGCAUGUGGACCUGCACGACCAGCUAGGAGUCUUCUCGCUGAAAGGGAGGCCCACUACCUCCUACAUCUACAUCACAGAGGAAAACAAACCAAAUGAAAAAGCAAAGAAAGCUCACACAGCCUCCCUGGUUAUUUCUCCUGGCAAUACAGCUGAAAUUGAUGUCUUUUUCCAACCCAAGAAGGUUGGGAAGAUCAGAGGCACCAUCCGUCUGUCAGUGAUCAACAACCAGUACGAGGAGACCAUCAUCUAUGUGGUGGGAGAGGGCUAUGAGGAUGACAUCACCUUGGACAACAUCCAUGGGCUGGUGACUCCCGCCAGCCAGGAGGCCACCAAUAUCUCUGACCUUGCAGAGCUCGUAGAGGACAACAGUGUGGUCGACUUGGUGGCAGCUUCCCUGGUGGACCACAUCCAGUUUGGGGACUGCCGCAUUGGAAACAGCUAUAAUGUGAGCUUCACGGUCACUAAUCACAGCCAUGUGAACAUGAUACGAUUUGAAUGGCCCGUUUUAGCUACAGUGACUUUCUCCCCACAGGUGGGCCACCUCCACCCUGGGUGUGCCAAGGAUGUAGUGGUGACCAUGAAGUCAGACGUGCCCAUCAACCUGAAGAAGAUGCGGGUCAAGUGCAAGCUCUCCAGGAUCACGUUUCAGCUCCCCACAGACCAGGUCCCCGACUGGGAUGACCGAAUGCGCACAGUCAAGUGGGUGGACGUGCCCAAAAACACUCCUGGGACUUUCACUACAAAACGAAAAGUGAUAGAGACGGAUCCUGAGCCCGCCCACUCAGUGCUAGAAGAAAACUACCGAGAACUGCAGCUUCAGAUCAGUGCCGUUGUGGAUUUCGCUUCAUACCAGUGCCACAGGGGCGACGUGCACUUUAAGGAAACCCUGGUUUACCAGACCCGAGUGUUCGAGUUUAACCUGAUUAAUUCAGGACGUGUGCAGCUGGAAUUCAGCUGGAUCUCAGAAGAUAACUCAAGGGCAGUCAGCUUUGCAAUGCCAGAAAACCAAGGUUCAGCUCAGAAAGAUCAGCUUAGUCAGGGCACGCCGCACACAGGCAGCACCCUGGACAGCGCCAUGGACCACUGCGCCGAGGGCUCCCCGCCAACCUUCUCUGUGGAGCCCUCCUCAGGCAUCGUACCUGCGGGGAAGACGCAGAAGCUCAAAGUGAAGUUCUCCCCGUUGGAUGUUGGAGACUUUGAGAGCACCCUUUUCUGCCAGAUUCCAAACCUGCCACCUGGAGAGCAAGGUCCGGUCCUGGUAGCAAAAGGGCGAAGCUCCUUGCCCAUCUGCCAUUUUGACCUGAAGGACUCAGACUACAUCAGCGGUCAUCAGCACAACCUAGAGCUCCGAGAGUCUGGUAGUGGCGCUCUGGAUCCAAACACCAGGGUGAUCGAGUUCACCAGUGUGGGCGUAGGAGGGAAGAAUCUCCAGACCUUUACAAUCCUGAACCCGACCAAUAGCACCUACUCCUUCUCCUGGAUCUCUGAAGAAAUCGAAAGUCUCCAGAACCCUCCAGCCUUCACAUGCCUUACAGAGAAGGGCUUCAUCCACCCUGACAAGAAAGCUGAGAUUGUGUUCCAGUUCACGCCUUCCCGUCUGGACAUCACAGAAGCAUUAUGGACUUUCCUAAUCCCUGAACACAACAUCACGGUCCCUUUCCUGCUGGUAGGCAAAACCACCGACCCGCUCAUCUCUCUGGACAAGUCACACCUCAACUUCAGUUCCCUGCUCAUUGGCAGAGAGGCCAGGGAGCGCAUGCAGCUCAUCAACAAGGAGGAGCAGGGGUUCAGUUUUGCCUUCCAGGACAACUCCCGGUACUCGGAAGGUUUCGGCAACAGCCUGAUCGUAUGUCCCAUGGAAGGCUGGAUCCCGCCACUGUCCAGGAUCCCAAUUGAUAUUUUCUUCACACCAAAGCAGGAAGGAGACGUCAACUUUAACUUGAUCUGCAAUGUGAAAAAGAAAGUCCAGCCUCUGACAUUAAAUGUCAAGGCGGAGGGCUACAGUAUGAAUGUAGAGAUCAAGUGCAAGGACAGGACUGGCUCCGUCACUCUCUUGACUCCCAACCAGACCAACAUCAUCAACUUCUAUGAGGUGGGGUUAAAUGAAUGCGUCCAGUGUGAAUUCAACUUUAUUAACACUGGCAAGUUCAACUUCAGCUUCCACGCAGAGCUAUCUGGCUCCAAAACCCUGCUGCAGUAUUUGGAAUUUUCACCCAUUGACAGUACUGUGGAUGUGGGGCAGAGUGUCCAAGCUACCCUAUCUUUUCAACCACUUAAGAAGUGUGUCUUGAAGGACCUGGAACUUGGAAUCAAGAUCAGCCAUGGCCCAACCUAUAUGUGCAGCAUCUCAGGUUGUGCCGUGAGCCCGGCCGUCCAUUUCUCCUUCACCAGUUACAACUUUGGGACCUGCUUCAUCUACCAAGCUGGGAUGCCCCCGUACAAACAAACCCUGGUCAUCACCAACAAGGAAGAAACUCCUAUGAGCAUAGACUGCCUGUACACCAACACCUCCCACCUCGAGGUUAGCUUCCGUGUUGAAGUGAUAAAGCCAGGAAAGACACUGGAGAUUCCAAUCAUCUUUUAUCCUCGAGAAAGCAUCAACUAUCGAGAACUCAUCCCCUUUGAAAUCAAUGGGCUCUCACAGCAAACAGUCGAAAUCAAAGGGAAGGGCACGGAAAUGAAGAUUGCAGUCCUAGAUCCAGCCAACAGGGUUGUGAAGUUGGGAGCCAUCCUGCCAGGACAGGUUGUGAAAAAAACGGUUUCCAUCGUGAACAACAGCCUCGCCCAGCUCACAUUCAACCAGUCAGUUCUGUUCUCGAUUCCAGAGCUCCAGGAACCCAAGGUCAUCACCUUGGUGCCCUUCCACAACAUCUCACUGAAGCCCAAAGAAGUCUGUAAACUGGAAGUCAUAUUUGCCCCGAAGAAGCGCGUGCCUCUCUUCUCUGAGGAAGUGUUCAUGGAGUGCAUGGGGCUCCUGCGCCCCCUCUUCCUGCUCAACGGCUGCUGCCAAGCCCUGGAGAUCUCCCUGGACCAGGAUCAUCUUCCUUUUGGACCAGUCGUGUAUCAGACGCAAGCCACACGUCGCAUCCUCAUGUUGAACACAGGCGACAUAGGUGCAAGGUUUAAAUGGGAUGUCAAAAAAUUUGAGCCUCAUUUCUCCAUCAGCCCAGAAGAAGGCUAUAUCACCGCAGGCAUGGAGGUCUCUUUCGAAGUGACCUACCACCCUACUGAGGUGGGGAAGGAGAGUUUCUAUAAAAACAUGCCGUGCUUAAUCCAGGGGGGCAAUCCUCUGACCCUAACCCUGUCUGGAGUCUGCGUGGGACCACCUAUGGUAAAAGAGGUGGUGAAUUUCACCUGCCAGGUGCGCUCCAAGCACACACAGACCAUCAUGCUGUCAAACCGCACCAACCAGACCUGGAACCUGCACCCCAUCUUUGAGGGCGAGCACUGGGAGGGGCCCGAGUUCAUCACCCUGGAGGCCCAUCAGCAAAACAAGCCCUACGAGAUCACCUACAAGCCCCGCACCAUGAACCUGGAGAACCGCAAGCACCAGGGCACCCUCUUCUUCCCCCUCCCGGAUGGGACUGGCUGGCUAUAUGCUCUGCAUGGGACUUCUGAGCUCCCCAAAGCUGUAGCCAACAUCUACCGUGAAGUGCCGUGUAAGACACCCUACACUGAGCUCCUGCCAGUCACCAACUGGCUGAACAAGCCUCAGAGAUUCCGAGUCAUCGUGGAAAUGCUGAAACCGGAGAAGCCAGACCUAAGCGUCACUAUGAAGGGCCUUGAUUACAUUGAUGUACUGUCUGGCUCCAAGAAAGACUACAAGCUGAAUUUCUUUUCCUACAAGGAGGGAGUAUACACUGCAAAGGUGAUCUUCCGAAACGAGGUGACCUAUGAGUUCUUGUACUACACGGUGAGUUUCAGGGUCCUCCCUUCAGGCAUCAUCAAAACCAUCGAGAUGGUGACCCCAGUCCGGCAGAGCGCGUCAGCCUCCAUCAGGAUGGAGAACCCCCUGCCCUACUCGGUGACCUUCUCCACGGAGUGCAGGCUGCCGGACAUGAGCCUGCCCUCCCAGUUCGCGGUGCCUGCCAACUCCGAGGGCACAUUCACAUUUGAAUUCCAGCCCCUGAAAGCUGGAGAAACCUUUGGGAAACUUACUUUGCACAACAGUGAUCUGGGUUACUACCAAUAUGAGCUCAGUUUGAAGGCCUUGCCAGCACCUCCUGAAAAGCCUGUCUACUUCCAGACUGUUCUCGGCAGCAACCAAAGCAUCUACACAAAGUUCACCAAUUAUACUCGGCAGAAGACAGAAUACUACUGCAGGACCGACUGCCCGGACUUCCACACGGAAAGGGUCAUUAACGCAGCCCCAGGAGCCCAGGGAGGCACCGAGGUCAGCGUGGAGGUCUUCUUUGAGCCCAGCCACCUGGGCGAGACCAAGGGCAUCCUGAGCCUGUCGUCGCUUGCAGGUGGGGAGUAUGUCAUCCCCCUCUUCGGAGUGGCUCUGCCCCCCAAGCCCCAGGGUCCCUUCCUGAUCCGAGCCGGGUACAACAUAAUCAUCCCCUUCAAGAACGUCUUCCCCCACGUGGUGACCUUCUCCAUCAUCGUGGAGAACCCGGCCUUCACCGUCCGCGCCACAGACACCGUGCGGGCCAAGAAGAUCAACAACAUCACUGUCUACUUUGAAGGAAACCCCUCCGGCAGCAAAACCCCCAUCACCACCAAGCUGAUUGUGAGCUGCCGCCCCGGGGAGGGCUGUGAGAGCGGAAUUAAAUGGGUUUAUUACCUCAAGGGGAUCACCCCUUAGUGGUAACAGGGUCACCUGCGUCAGCCAAAAGCCGUCUCCUCGGCCCUGAGACCUACGCAUCAUCUUAGCCUGACAAAGAACAGAGAAAAAAAUAAGAAUUCUAAAGGGACUGUUUUAUCCUCCUCAUUCAAUUAUUUCCACGUCGUGUGGUUUCCAAAUAUAGAUAUGAAAUAUCUGUUCCAUAUUAACCAUUACAGCUACA